CAAGGUAGUUAUGAGUGCUAUUUUGACCGUCGGCUGUGCAUUUAGCCUAAGUGCGUUGACAGUUGGUCCAAUGAAGUCGCUUGGUAUAUUCUUUGUUCAAUAUGAAAGAGAGUUGGGUGCAACAGCAGGACAGGCAUCUCUUGUGAAUUCGUUGGCGUUUGGGGCAUAUUUUCUUGGUGGUCCUUUUGCAUCUAUUUUGACCAAUCGUUUGGGAUUUAGACAAACCAUAAUACUCGGUACAAUUUUGGCUUCUGUGGGCUUCAUAGGAUGUUCGUUCUCCCAGCAUAUUUCAGUGGUUCAUGGUACCGUCGGUAUUAUGACAGGUGUUGGAUUUGGAUUCGUUGGCGUUCCAACGGUAGCUUUGAUAGGAAUGCGUUUCAAAGAAAAACAAUCAUUAUACAUUAACAUUGUGACAAUGGGAAGUGCUCUAUCAGCGAUACCUUUAUCGCCUCUUUUGCAACUGUGGAUUGACAUCUACGGCUGGAGAGGGGCUUAUCUCUUGCUUGGUGGAGUCGUGUUGAACGCCAUACCAAGUUGUUUUUUAAUGGUGUCUUCAAAAAUUAACAAGAAAAUGACAAAUGCCAAUAGAAAACUAAUCGAUUUGGAUCUGAUGAGAUCAUAUACUUUCCCUGUCUAUGCAAUUGCAUCGGGUUGCGAUAUGGCAGCCAUGGUGGCUAUUGGUGUGUAUUUAGUUCGAUUUGCGCAAUAUAAAGAAGUGGACAACUAUAUCGCUGCAUCUUUACCAUCAAUUGUUGCAGUUGUGGACUUGAUACUGCGACCGAUUUCCGGCUACGUAACCACUUUGACACACAUCGGCAAUUCCAAUAAAGCGAACAUAUUAUGGUGUGUGGCAUGUAUCCAGGCUGUCGCUGUUUUCAUAUUUCCAUUUACUCAAAGCGUUUAUGCCAUAAUUGCAGUUACUGUAACAUACGCUACUUGCGUCGGAUCGCGGGGCGCCCUUGCUGUUACAAUACUUUCUGAUUUAUUUGGAACAGAAAAACUCGUAAGUUCAUUAGGUCUACGAGCUGUAGUAGUCGGAAUCUUUAUAAUUGCAACUCCCCCGUUAAUUGGAAUCAUUGUGGACUUGACUGGAUCAUACGAUAUUCCAUUUUACGCUAGUUCGAUGUUGUCACUCGUUUCAGCAUUUCUUGUUGCUUUUUUACAAAUCAUAACGCCUAAUGAGAAACAAAAUGGAAUCCACUCAAAGGCAAAGUACUAAAGAAGACAUUAAAAGUGUGGUCACCGAAACAACAUCAUCUACGUGACGUUAACAUGCCCAUAUUAGACAGCUGCUAUUUCGUGCUAGGAACGUAUGAUAGAACUGUAGUAGCAUUAUUUCGUUUACUCUGUCGAUUUAUGUUAUAGUUGGCAUAUAUUUGCAACUUAACAACAGUAGUUCUGAAUCAAAUUGGUCUAACUACUUGACGACCGACAUUAUUUUCGUGUGUUUUUUUCGCGCCCAAAUAAUGGCACUUGAUAAAAGUGAUAUAUAUAUAUAUGCUUUCUAUGUAUGCUAUUCUAUUGUAUUGCAUAUUCUAUUUCGUA